AUGCAAUUCAAAUCUGUUAUCAUCGCUUUAACCGCUGCUACUGCCGUUUCUGCUGCCAACGCUUCUAACGCUUCUGCUAACGCUAGUAACCAAACUUCUGGUUCUAAUGCUAUCAUCUCCAACUCCAACUUAGCCGUUGUUGCUGCUGCUGCUGCUGCUGUAGUUCAAUAA